AUGUCCAUCAUGGUGGGCCUGAAUGACACCCAAUCGGAGAAGAUGACGGGCGAUGACAUCAUCCUCCAGACACGCCAGGUGAUGAAGGGGCUGGAAGCCCUGCGCAGCGAGAACCGCAGCAUCCACCUCCACCUGCAGGAGGCUCUGCUGAAGGAGCGGCAGCUGAUGGACGAGAGGGAGGACCCCCUGGCAGCCGCGGAUGCCCAGGCCCUGGAGCUGCUGGAGGAGAAGCAGGACCUCAUCUGCAGGAGCCUGGAAGGCAUAGAGUUGGGCAUUGCCGAAGGCCAGAUGCUGAUCGCCCUCUCCUCCCACAUCGGGGCGCUGGAGGCGGAGAAGCAGAAGCUGCGGGCCCAGGUGAGGCGCCUGGGCCAGGAGAACCUCUGGCUGCGGGAGGAGCUGGCCGGCACCCAGCUGCGGCUCCAGCACAGCGCAGAGGCCGUGGCUCAGCUGGAGGAGGAGAACAAGCACCUGCGCUUCCUGAACCAGCUCAAGCACUACGAGGCCCGGGAGGAGCAGGUGCUGGGCGCCGACCAUCCAGACGUGGCCAAGCAGCUGAACAACCUGGCCCUCCUGUGCCAAAACCAGGGCAAGUUCGAAGAGGUGGAGCAGUAUUACCAGCGGGCCCUUCGCAUCUACCAGAGCCAGCUGGGCCCCAGCGACGGCAACGUGGCCAAGACCAAGAAUAACCUGGCCUCGUGUUUCGUGAAACAGGGCAAGUUCCAGCAGGCUGAGCAGCUGUACAAGGAGAUUCUCUCCCUGCAGGACCAGGAGCUGAGCACCCCCAGGGCCGGUAAGAGCCCAGCGCUGGGCAGCCCCUUCCCUGGGGGGGGGGACAGGGAGGAGGGGAUGAGGCGCAGCAGCUCCUUCUCUCGCUUCCGGGACUCCCUCAAGCGCAGCAGUGAGAAGCUGGUCUCCAAGCUCCGGGGCCAGGCAGUGGGGCAGCCCAAGGAAGCUGCAGCCCCCAGGAUGACACGGGCCACGUCCCUCAACCUGCUGCAUGUGAACGAGGGUGCAGCUGUCACAGCCCCAAAGCCCACCCGGAACCUGAGCACCAGCAUCCAGGACCUCACGCACCGCCCCGCCCACUAG